UACGAACGGAUCGAUUUGAACCCCGAAAGACGCUGAGGCAGGCCUUUUGGUCUACACGUGCCAACCACGUGCUCUUCUGCUAUCAUACACCAACCUCUUCAACGGGUGAGGUUAGGCCUUAGUGAGAUCGUUGAUCCAUCAAAAAAUUGGAUCGGGCUGGCGUUAGGUGAAAAUGUUUGGGGGAACGUGGCCCAUUUUCAUCCGUUUUCAUAAUUUACGGGCCCAGAUUUAGAGAUCACAGAGAAUGAUAUUAACUCCAUUUUUAUCGGCCUGUUCGCCUUCGCCUUCUCCUCCGUCUCCGUCUGGGCGGGCGCUCUUUGAAGCUUUCUCAGUCCCCUAAGAAAGACUACAAGUUUUAAAAAGCCAGUUGAGCUGCACAAAAGGAAAAGAGAAAGAAAUGCCUCUGUAUGAUUGUAUGCUUCUGGUGAAACCCCAUGUAAGGAAGGAGGCUCUGAUGGACUUGGUUGCUAGAGUAAGCAAACAUGUUUACAGAAGAAAUGGAGUUCUUACUGACAUGAAGUCAUUUGGCACUGUUCAGUUGGGCUAUGGUAUUAAGAAGCUUGAUGGCAGAUAUUAUCAGGGUCAACUAAUGCAAAUGACGAUGAUGGCUACACCUAACAUCAACAAGGAGCUGCAUUACUUGAACAAGGAAGAUAGAUUGCUGCGCUGGCUUUUGGUUAAACACCGAGACACGAAGUAUGGACUGGAAUUUCUUAGUGAAGAGGAUGCAAAUAGUGAAGUCAAUAGGCUUCAUCGGAGCAGCAUAUAUGAUGAUGAUGAGGAUGAGGACGGGGACGAGGACGAGGAUGAUGACGAUGAUGAAUAUGAUGUGGACCAAGGAGGAAAUCCAACUGAAGGAUAAUGUAAUUCUGUCAGGGAUGGCUCGUUGGCAUUUUGUUGAAAUUCCGUUUUUAUGUUUGUCAUAAUAAGUUCUAUGAACUAUGUUGGGUGAGAAUUGGCUUAUCAAUGUAUUAAAUGUUGUGAGCUUUUAGUUUUGAUC